GAUCCAAUCGGUGUAAUCGUUGGCUCAUUAUUUGGUUACAGUGUCUGUACGGCUAUCGCUGUAUUGGGCGGCAGUAUUUUGGCACAAAUCAUAUCCAUCCGAAUGGUGACACUUAUCGGCGGAUUAUCAUUCCUGACAUUUGCCGGAUUGGCUCUGAAUAAAUAUUAUAGGAAUCGGGCGCUCGUGGGAAGGGAUAUAUCGGUCGUCAAUAGGACGGCAUUCCCGUUGAACAACCCUAAUGACAGCAAACAGUUUGAAGAGAGGGUAGGCGCCGAAACAGCGAUCGGAAUAACGGGUCGGAUCUAUGACUCCUCGCACCGGUAUCUCAAACUCGUGGCAACCGAUUGGGAAUCGAGUGCUGCUAUCGAGGGAACAUUGUCGCAACACGACAUCGGCAGUGAUGUGUCGUUUGAUUUAUUGCGGGCACCGUGCCUGAUGGCCGGUCAGGUCGUCACACAAAUCGCUCCAACAGUCGGUGGCGUUUGUCUUGUAUUUGAUGAUAGUCUUCGCGAAUACCGAACCCUCGAUGGCUUUGAAGUCGUCAACGGCUGCCAUCCUUUGCAACACAAUCUGAGUCGAGAGGAAGACCAGAACCAGCGAUCCGUAUAA